AUGCCAUUCAGACCAUUGGCUUCCUACGAAAGAAAUGUAUUGAUUGAGUCUUACGAAAAUCAAACCAACGGUACUAUUUUCAGUGCAAAGUACACCGAUAUGCAAACUAAUUCAACAAUUAACGACGAUGCUGCUACUUUACUUACUCAAAAUGAGGAAAACAAUAUGUUUUCAAGGUUUAUCAAUGCUCUAGCCACAGUAAUUACCGAAAAUCCAGAGCUUUAUACCACUAUUAACACAAAAUUGGAGUUCGAACCAAUAACAGAGAUCAAAACUGACGAUGUAAUCAGUUCCAUCAAAUUCAACUCUACGAAAGAUGAGUUUGUGAAUUGUAAGAAUGGUGCUCCUCCAUACUUGUUACGACAUAUAUUUAAUAAGGAUAAAUUUGUCCCAGGUUCUGGUAAACCACUAUGGAAUUUAUACAUUGUUGACGAUUCUAUUGUGAUAUUUCAUGGACAAGAUGUUCUAUUUGAUAUUUAUUCAGCAGCAAGUUUCCACCGAAAGUUCUUUGCUGCAUUAGAAGGUGCUACUCCAACCAGCGAAAAGUUAACAACUAUAUUUAGAUUAUCUGACCUAUCAAAGUCAGCACUAACGUAUCCAUUCCCUAAAUCAAUUUACGACAGUCCUUUACUUAUGUUACCAGCAAAGACUAUUGAUUUGGUAUCUCUUCAGACUCGUUUCUUCUUGAAAUCUGUUGUUAGCAAGACAAUUGUCAAACCUCUCAAUAUAAUUAUGUUCAAUGACGAACCGAUGAAGAGCUUCACGAAUUCUGAUCCAAUGGAUAUUUUGGAGAAGACUUCAUCUUUAUGUGGCACAACUGUCUUUGGUAACAUUUCCAACGAAAGAUUCGACUACUUACAGUCUAUUGCUGAAGAAGAAAACGUUUGCACCAAGAGUCUAGUCUGUGGUAUUACCAUGCUAUGUUUGAAACCACUAAUAAAAGACUUCAGUAGUAAUAUCACAUUCUCUAUUGCUAUGAAUCUUAGAGACUCUAUUGAGGAAUCCACUGAGUUUGGUUUAUUUUACAAGAAUGUCAGAAUCGAAGUCCCACUAAGCUUCAUCGAUGAUAACGUAUUUAAGUUGAAGACUAGUUAUAAUGGUUAUGAUGCUUCUAAUUCCAACAUUAAAGAGACAAAUCCGAAUUAUGAAGAGCAAUUGAUUGCAUAUCAAUUCAAUCAAAUUGCCACAUUUAUUUCAAGGAACUUGAAACAAAGAAUGAGAGCCUGGAGAAGAAAUGGGUUCAAUGACGACGAUAUCAAGAUGAUGAAGUUUGGUAGCAAAGAUAAAAACACUUCUGCCAAGAUCAUACAGAUCAACGAUAUUUCCGACCUUUCCUUCUGCCCAAUGAACAAAAAUGGCGAACUAAAUAGCGUCAGUUUGAAAGAUCUAAGUUUCACACACAGUCUGGUGCCAGACCAAUUCAUGUCUCUAUCUUACACCCAUUGUAAGAGCACUGGCUCUAAUAUAUGUAUCCACUUCCCAGAAGUCUACGACUUGGAACUGUUUGUUGAAAAGUUCCAGAACUUCAUUGACGGUGGCGACGAGUAG